CGCUUGCAAAGUGUAGCUGUUUUCUUGUCGGUGACCUGCCUCAAAUGAGCGUCCUGGAGAACUUGAUAAAUCAAGCUGUGGCCCCCUCGAAUCAGCAGUACAAUUCUGACACAUUCAAGGUUAUCACAGAACUCAUAAACAAGGAUCAAAGUGGAGCCUUAGUUGCUCUCCGUCUUCUAGCUCACAAGCUUCAGUCACCUCAAGAACGUGAGGCUUUGAGCGCGUUGGCAUGUCUGGAAGCAUUGGCGAACAAAUGUGACCCUUCAUUUCGUUCGGAGUUGGGGAAAUUCAAGUUCCUGAAUGAAAUUAUCAAGGUUCUUUCUCCAAAGUAUCUUGGAGAGCAGUCUACGCCUAGCGUGAAGCAAAAGUGUGCCAAGCUACUGUAUGAAUGGCACAGGGAGUACGGGCAUAUUGAACCGAAAUUUACGGAGGCAUAUAACAUGCUUUGUAAGCAAGGCUUGAUCAACCCAGAGAUCAUUCAUCAGAACGGAACUGGCUCUGCACCGUCUGGUUUUGCCGUUGAGCGCCAACCGAAUAUCUUUGACCGCAGUCAAGAAUCUCAGAAACUAGCCAAAUUGCUUCGUAGUCGAAAUCCUGCCGAUGUGGCGGAGGCCAAUCGACUUAUCAAGAAAAUAGUUGAAGAGGACCAAGUUCGAACUGAAAAGGUCAUAAAACGGUCAACAGAAAUGGAAACUCUGAAAAACAACACACUUUUGCUUCAAGAGAUGAUCUCAAAUUUUGAGAAGGGUGGUGCUUCGGAAGCUGAACAUGACUUGAUGAAUGAACUUGCUCAGAAUAUCCGCACAGCGCGUCCCGUGUUGUACACCUUUUCCCUCACGCACGAUGAAAAUGAUAUAGAUACUCUGACCGAAAUCGCUCGAAUUUGUGAUCACGCCAGUAGUGCCCUGGAUCUAUAUGAACUACGGGUGAAGAACCAUGUGCCAUGCGCCGGAUCAACGGCGUUGCUAGAUGAACCAUUAAAGGAUGACCGAAUCGCACAGCCUUCGGGAGAUCUCCUGUCCCAUGAUCUGAUGGUUUUGGGCCUGGACGGUGAAGAGUCUUCGUCUUCAAAUGUCCCCAGCAAAAAUGGGCCCGAACUUCUCACGUUUUCCGACACCCCCAAGAAAACUUCCACUUCCAAGUACGACGAACUGGAAGAUAUUUUCGCCAGUAUCACUUCCACCGGCCCAACUUCACCACCCACCCUAUCUUCAACAUCAAAUGUCGUGGCGGUAAAUCCCUUCCUCGGUCCGAAAUCCCCAUCCAUCAGUGCCCGACAUCCGACAAGUUCGUCCUCAUCCAGGCCACAUUCCACGCAGAGCGACUCUCCAAAAACCCAAAUGUUUGAUGAUCUGGAUGCGUUGGGACGUCAGAUGCUCGGUCUACCCACCCUUAUUCCUUGCCAGACGGACACAUCGACCGCACCUACCCCUGUCCCCUUAUCAGUACCAUCCACUGAUUCCACUAUUGACCCAGCAGUAUGGAGUGCGCUUGAUGUACCUCUAUCAUCUAUCCAGCCACACCCUUCGAUUACGAAACCGCGCGUGAUUUACCCAUCCGAGUCCAAUGACGGGUCUGAUGUUCAGUUGGCUUUGCACUACACGAGCAAUGAACCUGCCCCGAAUGUUCGAGUGUUUGUGGCCACCGUGACCAGUCGAAGUCCACUGUCUGUAACCGACCUUCAUAUCCGUUUCGGGGUCAAUAAGCCCAUGUCUCUUCGGCAGCUCACAGCGUCAGGACACAGUUUGGCUGCCUACUCUCCAUUCCUCCCAGCCGGUGCAAUCAAUCAAGUGGUCCUUGUUUAUGAUCCAACCCGGGCACCCACAAUCGUGAUGAAGUUUCAGGUAUCCUUCAUGCUGGACAAUGAAGCUGUGCUGGAGUCUGGUAAAAUUGAUUCUCUCUGUGAAUCCUGUCCGUAUUUCUCGCCUAGUUUCAUAUGCACCUUCUGUGGUUUGUGGAUUGUGUGGCUUUGCUUUUUUCCCAUUGAUUUCGGUUACUUGUUUCUCUUUUUCAGCAAGGUUUCUUCUGACAGCUUUGUGAUCAAAACCCCGAUGUAUCCUUGCUUUCUGUUCCUCCGCCCUUGCUCUGUUCCAAGACCGCAUUUGAUCGAUAUUUCAGCUCCGAGAUAA